CAGGAAACAGCACACUCAGAGACAGAAUUACCAUGAGCAUUACUGGAACUUCACUUCUUCGGAUGACCUUCGUCUUGCCUUUUCUUUAUUUUCUUAAGUAAGACUGAUAAAAAAAGGAACAUUCUCAAUGCUAAGAACUGAAGAAUAGACAAACAUGUAUAGACUGCUUCUGGUACUCUUGUAUGUGUUUAUGCUCUCUGACUCAGUUCAGGCUAAACGUAAAAAGACAGGUAAUGAUACCUUGCAUCCAAAAACAUUUAACGCGAGAAGAUCGGGAAACACAACGCUACCUGAACUUGAUGAGAUCAGCAACCAUGUGAGGAACUACACAGCUGGGAUCCUUAGCACCAGGAUCAUUCCAGCAGCUUAUUUCAUUGCCAUUUUGAUAGGAAUCCCUUCAAACUGCCUAGUACUGGCUUGUCUCAUCAAUAAGAUAAGAACCUUAUCUAGCGCAAUCCUCUACUUCAGCCUUGCGGUUUCAGACCUUCUCCUGUUGGUGUCCCUCACACUGAAAGUCCACUACCAUCUGAAUGGCAACAACUGGAUGUUUGGAGAACUUGCCUGCAAGCUGGUUACGGCCUGUUUUUAUGGUAACAUCUACUGUUCCAUCCAUGCCCACAUGUGUAUUAGCGUGCUGCGCUAUUUGGCUGUGGUUCAUCCGUUCCUCUACAGAGGACUCUCCAAAAGAUCUUGUACUACUUGGGCUAGCUUGACUAUGUGGGUGUAUUUUGCUGCAGCCAUGGCUCCAGAGUUACUCAUUCAUCAAAGCUACAACCUCAAUGAUGUGGGCAUCACCACAUGCCAUGAUGUUCUGCCUUAUAAUGAGGAACCAUUCAACAUCUUAAUUCCAUAUAGACUAUGCCUCAUUUGUCUAGGUUACAUGUUUCCUUUUGUGGUCAUUGCAUAUGCCUAUGGAUCCAUUGUGCAUCAGCUGAACAGGUCUUGCUGUGAUUGGGCGCAUUAUAUCAAGGCAAGCACAUUGGUUUUUGUGAUCUUCUUUCUGUGUUUUACUCCAAGUAAUGCAAUUCACUUGAUUCACUACGCAAGACUCUACACGAGCCAGCAGGAUGACUUCUAUAUUUACUUUAGCGUAGCUGUAUGUCUCUGCUGCUUUCACAGCUGUCUGGACCCCUUCCUCUCGUACUUCAUAACAAAGACUACAAAUUCCCAAGUGGAAUUUAUCUCUCUAACCAGUUUUUCUCCAACAACUUCAACUAAUGCCUAAACCAAAGGGGUCCUGGGAAGUGGAGUGUUAUUGUACCUUCUAGAAGCAGUGGGGGUGCGCUCUGAUCUAAAACAAACAGAACAACGGCUAGCGGAUGUUAUUGCUACAGGACAGUAUGCCAUUUGGAAAAAAACAGCUGAUACUUAAACAGAGCAACUUCUUUGUUUUGUUUAUCCUGUUUACUAGACUUGUUCAAAACCCUAUUAAUACACUGAUGCAGCUGGUUUGUUACCACAGUUACACUACAAGAUCACACCCAGUAAAAUGUGGCAAUACUUUUUGGAAAUACUUGAAAUUAGUAGGGGGUAUUGCAGCAAUGUUUAUGCAGUGAUGAUUAGAACUUUAAAGAUUAAUUGCACUGAUUUUCCAAAAAGUCUGAAUACUUAAGUGGUUAAGAUGUCAUUCAGAGUAGUCUGAUGUAAAAUGUGCCAUUCUAGAGAAACUUACCAAAUUAGAAUUAUUAUAAGUGGUUUGAGAGGAACCCAAAGUCAGCAUAAUGCCUCUAAAAGCUGUCUCAUAAAAGUUAUUACAUGAAAUGAUAUUAAAUAUGUUGAUUGAUGCCCAAGACCUAGUUUUAUAAUAUUUUUUGCAAUACACUUUUAGACUAGAACAUAUUUUCUUAAAUACAUACAUACAUGCAGAGCAUAGCAGGGCAAAACAGAGAAACUCCCAAUAUUCUAUCUGAUCAGCAUUACAUAGAAAAACUCAGACACUUGUGGGUUCAAUGUUUGUUUUGGACAGUAAAUAAAAUGGCUCUAUUUGCACUGAAGACACACUGCACAAACUUCUAUCUCUGCAAGUGGAAAAAUCUUACUUCCAGCAAAUACAGAGAACAUUUCUCAUUUUGAGAUUGUUGUAAGAAUAUUAUAAAAUGAUUCCACUUAUUUUUACAUAUAUUGUACUUGUUUUGGGUAAUUUUCUCAAAAAACUGUUCUAUUCUGUUAUCUAUUCUGAUAAGUUUGCUUAUUUCAACAUAUAAUACUUCAACAUGAGCAGAAGUAUCUGCCAAUAGAAUGAGACAAUUUGUAAAGAUAAAAUUAUUUGAAACAAGCAAAAUAUGUCUACAAAUGAGAUAAUCUUAUGAUAUUAUUAGAACAAUCCCAAAAUGAGAAAAAAUUAACUAGAUUACUUAAUAAAAUAAAUUAAAGUAAAAUAAAUUAAGUAAAAUAAAUAGAUGAUUUUUCCACGAUAUCAUUUUUUUGCAAUGCACUGUGACCCCUAGUUUAUAUUACCAUUGUAAACAAAAUCUGAGUAAUUAAGUUUCUCUAUAAUGGACACUUUCACAAUAAGCUAUCCAUCUAUGUAUGGAAUUCACAUUUAAAUGCUACUUUGCUUUUUUGUAAGUAAAACUGUUAAAGUAAUUACCGCCAGUGUCAUUGCUUACAGAUGUGAAACAUGUUGGAACAAAAAUCAAGCUGAGUUCAAGUUCUUUGGCUUCUUAAGAACCUUCCAGACAAAUUUCCCUCAAUUUAACUAUACACUGAAAUCAUGCUGAGACAUGAAUAGACAAGAAAUAGGAGCAUUCUCUUCCAACAUGAAUGCCUAUCUGUCUGGUGUCAUUAGACUGUAAAAUGCAUUUGCUUUUUGGUUAAGGGUUGAAAUGAGGUCACUAAGUUAAAGAGUAUUUAUCAAGCUGCACCAAACCAGCAGGUUAAACCAACAGCAGUAAUAACAAUUAGUUGGACUAUUUAGAAGUGAAUAUGCCUGUACCUUGCAGAUAAGAUCUUUGGUGUGCAGCAGCAAAUCAUGGUAGUGUUUGGCUGUUUCUGGGUUAACUCCCUGUAUUUUUGCUGUGGGGAGGAGCAGGGCAGCAAGGGUUUUCUCAGGAUCUCCAGAGUUCAUUGCCUCAUUGAUCUCAGCAAUGGCAAUCACUCCUGCAGACACAUGCAUCACAAUGUAACUGACUUUAGUCAAAUGUAGCAAAGAACUAGGUUAAAACUAGAACACAGAUUUUUGGGUGUAAAUAUGAAUAAAAAUACUGUAUAAUCAGCAGCUAAUAGGAUGGGCCUAUGCACAACGACAAAGUCUACACUCUCAAAAGCGACUGAGUAAACAGAGUGAGUAAAAUGUUCAUUGUUAAAUCUACUGUGUGCCAGUUCAAUGAAAUGCAAGUUAUCAUUAAAUCAUCUGAGAAAAUA